AUGGCUCCUCCGCGGCGAAAUUUAUUGCCUAAAGAACGCUUCAGUUUUGCCUUUGGCUCACUACGGACACAAAGCUAUCAUGAUCCUGCUGCAAAGGGACCUGGGACACAUACGAUUCGCACAAUUGCAUGGAACCCGACUGGUCAGCUAGUCGCCACUGGAUCUCAAGACCGCACCCUUCGAAUCUGGAAUCCUGAGCGCUCACAGGCGCGAUAUUCUACGGAGCUGCGCGGUCACACCGCAGGGGUCGAAAAGGUCCUCUUCAACCCGGCCCGAGACUCUGAGCUUGCUAGCUGUUCUAGUGAUGGCACGGUGCGAAUAUGGGAUGUACGUUCGAAAACAUGCGUGAGCCGUUUAGAGGUCGGGAGUGAUGCGUUUACUUUGUCGUGGUCCGCCGACGGGAAGGUCCUCAUCGCUGGACGAAAGGACGACACCCUCAUUCCAAUAACCGUCGAAUCUCCCUCAUCUCCAACCGUAACCGGCCAGGUAACCUCCGCCGAGCCCGCCUUCUACAAAACCCUUGACCCACAUCCACAACCUGUCCAAACCAACGCAACUACCUUCUCACACCACAUCCCACCCGCCGACCUUCCCAACCCGACCCGCCACCUCUUCGCCACAACUGGCGAGGGCACCGUCAAAAUAAUAUCUUACCCCUCCUUCGAAACACUGCAUACUCUACACGCCCACACGUCUGCCUGCCUGUCCAUCGCCCUCGCCCCAACAGGUCGCUACCUUGCCGUCGGCGGUAGCGACGCCCUGAUCUCUCUUUGGGACACAACGGAGUGGAUCUGCCGGCGCACAGUUUCGAGUAAUAACGGCGGUGCCGUGCGUGGGGUGAGCUUUUCCUUUGACGGGAGGUUCAUCUGCGGCGCGUGCGAUGAGAAGGAGUGUGGUGGAAACGGGAUUGAGAUUUUUCACGCGGAAACCGGAGAGAGUGUGCAUACUGUUAAUACUGGAGGUAGUUCGAACACGGGUGUUUCGGCGGUUGCGUGGCAUCCAUCAAGGUACUGGUUGGCUUAUGCGGUUACGGCGGAUUAUGGGACGCCCGGGGGGUUGAGGAUCGUAGGGGCCGCCGGAGGUGGGGGGUUAUAA